GUUUUCUACAGCGGCAGCAUGGAUGACACGGAGAAUUGGCCAGAAAUAGAAAAAGCAGCGACAGAGAAGAGGCGUGAACUGGUUUUACAGGGAGCCGCUGUUGAUGGGAGAAUUUCCGCUAACGGCGGACUGACCUCCUCGAUCUAUUCCCUCCUACUGCUGAAUUAUCUCGAAGUUAGCCAGUGCCCGAGUUUGACAGAGAUCCACGAGGACAUCCAACAUCUGACCAACCUCCAAAGCCUCAUUCUGUGCAGAAACAAGCUCCGCGCCGUCCCGAAAGUAAUCGGCAGCCUGAAGUCCCUGAAAGUCCUGGAUCUCUCCGUUAACGACCUUAAAUCGUUACCUGUCGAGAUCACCCAGUUGAGGGAGCUGAACACUCUGAACGUGAGCUGUAACUCUCUGGAGGCUCUGCCGGAUGGACUGAGUCAGUGCACCAAGCUCUCUACCAUCAACGUGUCCAAGAACCGCCUGACCAGUUUCCCUGCUGACCUCUACUCCGAGCAGCUGGACCUGCUGAGCACCCUGGUGUCUUCUGAUAACCUGAUAGAACAACUGAGUGGAGAAAUUCACAAGCUGUCUGCGCUAAAAGUGCUAGAUGUCUCCAACAACAAGCUGACGGAGAUCCCCCCUCACCUGAGCAACUGCCCCAAGUUAAAGGAGAUCAACUUCAAAGGCAACAAGUUGAGCGACAAGCGGCUGGAGAAGAUGGUCAACGGGUGUCAGACCAAGUCCAUCCUGGACUACCUCAGAGGGAAAGGACGAGGAAGACCAGGGGAGGAUGGUGGCGAUGCCGACGGAGGAGGGCGCAACGCCGACAGGAAGAAAAAGCAGCAGAGGAAGAAGAAGGGGAAAGAAGCCGAGGAGCAGGACGAGGUGGAGGAGCUGAACAAGAUGGUGGUGAGGGUGCUCCACGUCUCAGACGCACCCACGGCGCUCACGGUUAAGGUCAGCGCUGAGGUUAAAGACGUCCGGCCGUACUUGGUGUGCUGCACGGUCACAGGCAUGAACCUCAAAGCGGGGAACGCUCUCAAGAGGUUCCUGAUGGCUCAGACCAAACUUCAUGAUGAUCUGUGCGGCAAAAGAACCAUUGCAACUAUCGCAACCCAUGAUGCGAAGCUUCUCAAAGGUCCACUGAUUUAUGAUGUGAAACCACCAACCCGACUAAAGAUCUUGCCUCUGGGUCGGAGGGAGAUGACCGCCGUGGAGUUGAUAAGAAGCCUUCAUCUAGAGGCUGAGGAGCUCCGGAAGCAGAAGAAGAGGCAGAACGUGACUGGUCUCCACAAAUACCUGCAACUUUUAGAAGGAAAGUCCCACUACCCAUGUUUGGUGGAUGCAGAGGGAGAUGUGAUUUCAUUCCCACCCAUCACAAACAGCGAGAAAACCAAAAUCAAAAAAACAACCACUGAGUUGUUCCUAGAGGUGACCAGUGCAACCAACCUGCAGACCUGUAAGGAUGUGAUGGAUGCUUUGAUUGCAAAAAUGGCAGAGUUAAACAAAUUCACCGCAGAGCAUCAGGAGGAGGCGGGAUCGGGUGGGGAAGGCGACAGCGCGCCACCAGAGCCCGCAGCCUCCGAAACCUCCGGCCAGCUCGUCGUCCAGCAGGUCCGAACCGUCGACCAGGACGGGAACCUGAAAGUUGUCUACCCGUCGAAGACGGACCUCUCCAAAGACAUGGAUAACCUGACUGUCGUUUGGUCGUAAAUGCACUAAUCUGUUCAUGUUACUGGAAAUUAUUUUAAAAUGUAACACUUGACAUAAAUCACUCCUCUUACUUUACAGAAGUGGACUUUAUCACAUCAUUCUUUUAAGUGUUUGAAUACAGAUAUUAAAUAAAAACUAACACUUCCUGGAACUAAA